AUGUGUAAACCCCGAGUGGCUAAUGCGGCCAAACCCGAGGUCACUGAUCAUAUGAAGCCCAUAACUGAUUUAGUGUCAAACGAGAAGAAUAUUCUGGUUAGUUGUGACGAUAGCGGGAAGAUAUGGGUUUGGGAUUAUAUCGAUUCUCGUUUGCAGCAAACUGUUAGCUUUGAAGGCUAUAACGGAUUUUCGUGCAAUUGUUUGGCAUUUUACAAGAAGUACGUGUUGGCCGGCUAUGGUUCCGGUCAUCUAAGAGUGUUUGACAUAAACAGUAAACUAUUAAUAAGUGAGAUAUCAGGCCAUUCCAAAUGGGUUACAGCCAUCGAUGUGGCACCAGAUACGGAUCGGGUGAGCCAUGAAUUUAGCCAAAACAUAGCAAACCAUAUGUUGUUUGGCGGAGUAUUUCUCGAUAAAUCCGGAAAUUCGUUUUGUGUCUCAGGAUAUGAUUCAUUGGAAUUGCAUUAUUUUUCCCAAUAAAUCACAUUUUGUUUAUUUAUUUAUUUAAAACAUUUUUAUAACAUUUCUUUUACCGAUAAUAAAUUUUUCUGUUAUUUAAUCACAGAUUUUAAUCACAAUUCUUUAGCAAUUACUACACAAUAAAUAUAAUUUCUAUAUUUAGGCUUUUUUACAACUCGUCCU